ACACGCCCACCCCAACUCGCUUUCUGUGCGCCCACCCAUCAACAUCUGCAACAAGUAGCCUGGAGCUUCUGCAAACACGACAUAACAUCGCGCAUACAUACACACACACACACAUACACACAUAUAGCCAUCAUGUCUCUCAAGAACGACGCAUUCCCCGCCUCCAUCGCCUUCGACCACAUCGCCAGCGCCCUCUCCACCGAGGCCGCGCGCAAAGAGGCCAUCAAAACCGGCGGCGCCAUCUUCUCCUUCAACCUCAAGAACAAGGCCGGCGAGCAAAAACAAUGGUACCUUGACCUCAAGGAGAGCGGUACCGUUGGUGAGGGUGCGGCGCCCUCAGGCAAAAAAGCCGAUGUGACGCUUACGCUCCCCGAAGAGGAGUUUGGCAAGCUGGUUUUGGGCAAGGCGAAUGCGCAGAAGCUGUUUAUGAGUGGGAAGCUCAAGGUUAAGGGCAAUGUGAUGAAGGCGACCAAGUUGGAGGCGGUGCUGAAGAAGGCGAACGUCGGGGAUGCGAAGGCGAAGCUGUAAAUGGAUGUGUACGAAUUUUGUUUCCUUGAUGCGUAGGUGUAUUUGUAUAUCUCGUCGAAUGGCAUCAACAUCAAACAUUGACUGCUGCCCAACUACAGCCUUGUUUGUGGAUGU